ACCGCGGUGUCUUUUCUGCGGCCAACUAAUGCAAGAACCAUACGACUCAGAGUCCGGACGUGCAGCUUGCGGCUCGCACUAUGAGGACGUCGUUCCCACUGGACAAUUCAGACCUCGACUUGGCGUCGUGAUUUUACCAGACACCGAGCGCCGACAUCCAGACCGACUGCAACAUGAAUCACCGCAGGAAGCAAACGGUAGGAACAUGGACGUACAUGUUUCUGUAGGCCUACGUCUUCACGCUGAGCUGCAAACGGACUUCGAGACUGGACCACUGAUGUCGCGACUAGCACGGCAGAUCGAGCUAGAGGUGGAACCGUCUGCAGCAGUAGGCGAGCCGCUGCCUGCACGACUUUCGCGUGGAAACAUUUCUGGUGGUCCGCGUCUGGUGCGAAGUAGUCACACCAUGUCCCAAACUGAUCAUUGUCGGUUGCAAUGUGCCGUAUACAAGUCUCCCAGUAAUGGGCCUGCUCGCACUCUACGCGUUGUCAUCUCAAAGAAACGGCUGUCAAUGGAGCGGACGAGUGGAAGAAGUCUGGUUGGAGAUCCUCAAACUUUAGUUGUUGGUGCUCAAGGUCUGUUAAGUGUACAUGUGCAUUGUCCCAGCAGGAUGGAGUUGGCUGCUGUUAGUAAACGAAAAGACAAUCCUGUCAAGAACCGUGAGACAACCAAACUAUCAGCAUUCUUUGCUCGCGGAGGCAUUUACCACAGUGAAUUUGAACUGUGUCGCCAGUCUGGUGAUAGAAGAAUUGUGGCAGAUGAGACACAGGAGCUUGAUGUUACAGUGGAUGUAGAAGUUGCCUGCGGUAAUAGGAAGCUGAUCUUCAACCUUUCGUCGUUGUACUUUAUGGAAGAGAAGUCUGGUUGUAGUCAUCAUGAUCGAUUUGCUACCGAGACAAAUAAUUUUGGCUCAUUUGGCACAGUGUAUUGUGGAACAGGAGGACAAGAAAUGGCAAUAAGAUGCAUUAAGUGUUCGCGAGAUUGUCUUUCACUGCAACAAUUUUGUUGCGAAAUUUUGUCAAGGACAUGGACCAACCAUGACUGUAUUGUUCGACUUACUGAUUUCCCUAUGAGUGAUUCUGAUCUAUACAUGUUAUAUGAAUGUAUGCCUUGGAGCUGUCUGAAGAGUUUACUGAAUGACAAGGAGAGCAGCUUGGUAUUGAAUUGGAAGAUUCGUUUGCAGAUUGCAAAAGAUCUCGUUGAGGCUGUCACAUUUUUAGCUCAACGAAAUCUUAUUCACCGUGAUAUCAAGUCAUCUAAUGUUCUGAUUUCUGGCAAUUCAAGAGCCAAGCUGGGCGACUUUAGUAACUGUGUCCUGAGUCAACAUAGCUGCUCGCCUCUGGUGAACAUGACAUACACAGACCAUUUACCUCCUGAAGCACAUAGGGGAAAGUUCUCCUUCAAGACAGACGUGUUUGGUGUAGGAAUUAUAUGCUUUGAACUUGCAAUUGGAUGUCCAUUAUUGUGUUCUGAAAUUUCUUCUAGCUUGAGUACGGAUCAAAUACCUGCCUGGCUGAUGCGAACAAGCAACGGCAAGACUUUUCUCUGCAUUGCAGAAGCAGCAGUAGCAAAUAACCCCGAAAGUCGUCCAACAGCACAAAAAAUGUUGCGUAUGCUGAAUGAAGUCAUUGUACAGAGAAUUGGUGAUGGUUGCUGUUACAUAUGCAGUGCAUCAGGCGAUGAUGUGCAGUGUGUUUACGCUGUCAAUCCAGCCACAUUGUCAUUGGCUCCUUAUUUAAGUGAAGCGAUAAGAGAGACGACUGAGUUGUGUCUGUCAGCAGACAACUGCGACGAACUGUUGGCAUUUUAUGAAGAUCCACAUGCACAACAGGCAAGUGCAGCACGACGUCCUUCAAUAAUAGGAGCAGCAGCUCAGUCGUUAUCGCAAGAUUCGCGUCAAGUGUUUUCUAGUUUGAGACGCGAAGGAAGAAACCAUGAAGCUACUGGAGGGCCAACUGCUGCCACAGCAAUGGACACUCCAAUUGUAUUACACACUAACCCUUCGACAUCAGUCGAUGUGACGUCAGAGAAUCCAGAGUGUGGUGAUCUCACCAUUAUUCAGUGUCCGCUCUACUUUCGAGGCUGCCGGUGGCGAGACGUCGGGAGUAAAUUUCAAACUCACUGGAGACAGUGUGCUGUGAGGGCUAGCGAACAGGACAAAGUACAACAUCUUGUUCUACUUGAUAUGAUGCGGUCUUCUCUUUCUGAGUGUAUUCAAGAGAUCAAGGACAAUGAGUUACAACCGUUAGUCGCUCAUUACGAUUUGGUCCGGAUUGCCGACAGGAUUCUGUAUGGCAGCUUCACUGGCACUCUCUUUCAUGCUUCGCUUCAUCGUGGAAGUGAGAACAUUGGAGGCUUUUCUUUGAAGUACUUUUCAGACGAGAUUUGUUGUGAUACGAGUGCGACUUUAUGCUUUUCCAGAGAGCUACGAUAUCUUUCUAGGCUUAGACAUCGGAACAUCAUGAAGCUGAUUGGAUUUUCCAGCGAUGGUCCGGAGCUAUGUCUAGUGUACCAGGACAGACUAUUGCACACUUUACGCGACCGACUGGAUUGCAAGAAUCAUGUGGAUUGGCGUGAUCUUUUGCGAGUAUCAAGAGACGUUAGUAGUGCCGUGGAAUACUUACAAUGUCGACAAUUCAUCCACGGCAAUGUGACAACGUUGAGUGUCUACUUGACUAUUGAUUCAGAAGCUAAACUGGCAGGUUUCGAUUACGCUCUUGGGUAUCUUGACGGGAUAUCUACUUGCUGGAAAAUUGAUGUGUGCAGUCUUGGAAUGAUAUUGUACGAGAUAGCCACCGGUCUGCCACCUUACUGUGAGAGUACAAAUCAAGAUUUGAUAUCUUACGUUCGUUCACUUAAUGAUGUCACCACUGUACUGAGUUCUAAUCCUGACUGGCCUAAACAUGCAUUGGCAGUUCAACUGGGAAGGGAGGUACUGCAAUUAGCCCACGCAGCGACUUCAUAUCAGUCGAGACUACCGAUCAGAGCUAUGUGCACUACUCUAAGAAAUAUCUGUGACGGAACAAUAUGAAGAAUUUAUGCUUUAUAGAAAUUUCUAUUUUAUUUAUUUUAUUUAUUAGAUAUUAUUUGGAUGGAGAGCGUAGAUUUAAUUAACUGAGUGAGGUCUUGUUUGAGUUGAGGCCUACUGCUGUAGACCUUCUGAUGAAGGUUGCAGUUUACUGAAAUGCAACUGUGUAUACUGAUCUUGAGAGUCUCCUAUUUUUGUACAGAUCAGAUCAGUUGAUACAAAUGAGGUAGUGAAAGGAGUUGUUGUAACACAGUGGCGUAAUCAUUGAAAUUUUAUUUAAAUA